UUCACCGGUUUGUUUUGACUUUUCAGGACACGAGCGUUUUCGCUGAACUUGAGAGUGUUAUAAAGCAGUUAUAGGUUUUAUUUAUAACUAAUGACACCGUAAGAGAGACUGUCAGGAGGAGAGCUUUGGAUUGUUUUAGACUGAUCAAUCAUGCUUAUGUGUAGACGGUGGUUGGUGUGCUCGCUGAGGGGUCAGUAUAGGAGCUUGAGUUUCUCAGCCUCCCGCAGGAGUGUUAUGCCCGCAUGGGUCAUCGACAAAUACGGGAAGAACGAGGUGUUGAGAUUCACCAAGAACGCAGCGCUUCCGAUCAUCCACUAUCCCAAUGAAGUGAUCGUGAAGGUGCACGCUGCGGCUUUAAACCCCAUCGACAUCAGUAUGAGGGUCCAUCUCAAAGUCACUGUUCUCAUUUUGGACAGCAUCGGUGAUAUAUCAUACACCUAUGAUGGGACGGUCUUUCUUGGUGGUUAUGGAGCAGCUACUAUGGCCAUGAAACGUGACCCACUGAACAUAAACCAGUCAGGCAGUGAGUUUCCUCUAAUCCUGGGGCGUGAUGUAUCCGGAGAGAUCAUGGAAUGUGGGCUAGAUGUGAACUACUUUAAAGAAGGAGAUCAGGUGUGGGCCGCUAUCCCUCCGUGGAAGCAGGGCAGCCUGGCAGAGUUUGUGGUUCUCAGUGCCAAUGAGGUGUCACAUAAGCCCAAAUCACUGAGGCAUGUUGAAGCAGCAUCCAUCCCGUAUGUGGCAGCAACAGCCUGGUCUGCCAUCGUCAACACUGGUGGCCUGAACAAAGACAACGGUUCUAAGAAACGCGUUCUUAUACUGGGAGGAUCAGGAGGAGUGGGAACCUUAGCUAUACAGAUGGUAAAGGCCUGGGGUGCCCAUGUGACUGUAACAUGUUCCCAGAAUGCCGAGCGUCUGGUGAGAGACCUGGGUGCUGAUGAUGUCGUGGACUACACUGCUGGACCGGUCGAAAAACAACUGCAGACAUUACAAAAGUUUGAUUUGAUUUUAGACAAUAUUGGGGGUGAAAUUGAGAAAUGGGCACUAGAUCUUCUGAAACCCUGGAAUGGCGCUAAAUACAUUACUCUAGUAACACCGUUCCUGCAUAACACAGACCAACUGGGCCUCGCAGAUGGAAUGAUGCAGUCUGGAGUCACCAUAGGAUGCAAAGUGCUGAAGCACCUCAGGAAAGGAGUUCACUACCGAUGGGGUUUCUUUGCUCCGAGCGGCCCUACGCUGGAUGAGAUUAGCGAAAUGGUUGAUGCUGGAAAGGUCCGUCCCGUGGUGGAGGAAAUAUUCUCAUUUGCUCAAGUGCCCCAAGCCUUUCAAAAAGCAGAGCAGGGUCAUGCUCGUGGCAAAACUGUGGUUUCCAUCACUGAGGACCAAAAAGAGUAACUACGGCAAACAAAAACAUAUGCCGGGACUUUUUUGAAAGUGUAUGUUAAAUUAAAAACAUUUAUCUAAUGGCAAGUGUCUUUAUUUUGCAUUACAAAAUUAGCAGACAUGUCCCAUUCAUUAUUUGAAAUGCAUUACUGUAAUAUUCAUAAACAAACUGAAAAGUCAAAACAAACAAACAGAAUAAAAAAAGUUUUAUUCUAAAUGUAACAGUGUAUUUUGGAAAUAUGGGCAUGGACACACAAAAACUAAAACAGAUUACUAACCACAUCAGAAAAUGUACACAUACACACACACACACAAAAACAACUACCAAAAAAUCUUUGUAAAAGAAAAUGGAGAGAAAAGAGCAGAACAGCAGAUCAAGGAUCAGCUGCAUUUCAAAUGAAUGUGAGUGUGUGAACAGUCAACUGAUGCCAGAUCAGCACAGCUAGGAGGAAGUGUUUCUAGAAUGUUCUAACAUGUGCAAUAGUCCUUUUUAGACUUAUUUUGCAGAAUAUUAUGACAUAUUAAAAAAAUACUUUGUACAGCAACUGUAAAAUUGUAGGAGUCAACAAGUUCCCACAUUUUGCUUUCAGCGAGUUUGAAUGGCAGAUGAAUAGAUGUUGCCUUACAUUCAGUGAGGUCUAUAAUACCUGUAUUUUUUCUCAUUCAUCUGAACAGCAGUUGCUCAUCUGGUGCAGGAGCUCUUGGAAGUAUGCAAUUUAAAAUGUGCAGUUUUUUCUCACGAGUGCUUAGUUCUGCAGCCAGGUUGCUUUGAGCCAAUUAUCUGAGACAAUAACGUGAUUAAUUUACUCUGGAGCCGCAAGAAAAUAAUGUCUUGACUGCUGAUUGGCUGAAGGCACAAGCCCUUUACUAGCAACCAUCCUGAGAUGUGACGUGAAAGGCUGCAGACAAAGAAAAAAGCCUAUUUCAAGCUUUCAGGAGCCCUUAAGCUUUUAAGGCACCAGUAAA